AUGACGAUCUACAUUUUUCAUAAACACGAUCCAACAUGAAUUCGAUAUCGCUGCUCGGUCGCAAUCUAGCGCGCACAGCACUACGAACACAAGCACCAUCGACGACGACGACACAAUGCGCCCGCUCCUUACCGCGCAACUUCUUUAGAAGAAGCAUGCAGACCCGUCCACAGCCAAACCAACACCAACAGACCCGCAUGCCCACCCAAGAAGAUCUGCGCGCUCAAUUCAAAAACAAGAAUCGCAACACUCUCUAUUACACCCUCUCAAUCAUCCUGGGCACAGUAGCGCUAUCCUAUGGCUCCGUACCCUUCUACAAGAUGAUCUGCCAGCAAAUGGGCUGGGGCGGCCAACCCAUCUCCAUCCACAGUGGCCAAUACGAAGAAGACGACAUUGCAUCUCGCCUGAUCCCCAUCACUGAUUCCCGCCGUUUACGCAUCACCUUUGCUGGUUCGACCUCGGACGUGCUGCCUUGGAAAUUUACACCUCAGCAGAGGGAAGUCCGUGUGUUGCCUGGCGAGACCGCGCUGGCCUUCUAUACCGCGACCAAUCUGAGCAAAGAGGAAGACAUCAUCGGUGUGGCCACUUACUCUGUGACUCCCGGCCAAGUCGCCCCCUACUUUUCAAAGAUUCAAUGUUUCUGCUUCGAAGAGCAGAGGUUGAACAAGGGAGAGACUGUCGACAUGCCUGUCUUCUUUUACAUUGAUCCCGAGUUCUUGAGGGAUCCGAACAUGUCAAAGAUUGACACCAUCACCCUCAACUAUACUUUCUUCAAGGCAAAGUAUGACAAGGAUGGCCAUCUGUCUCCUGUCGCUUAGACAAGGCGCACCAGACAUCACGAAACUACCUGUACAUAUACCUGUAUUAUACCCCCUUCUCACUCCA